AUGCCGCCAAAGAAGGGAAACAAGAAGAAAAAGCAGGACGACUACUGGGACAAUGAGUUCGAGCAGGACCAGGAGGUCCUCGGAGUGACCAGCGGCGCUCCUGAACCCGAGGCAGAAAUCCCUGCCCACGUCCUCAAUGAGGAUGAAGAUGAGGAGGGUGGUCUGAUGAGUAUGGUCGCCAAGGCUUCCAAGAAAAAGCAGCCCGCAAAGGAGGCCUCUCCCGAUCCUGCUCCCCUUGACGAGGACAACGAUGAUGAACCUGUUAUCAGGAUCAAGACCAAGAAGGAGAAGGAGCGUGAGAAGAAGGAGAAGGAAAAGGAAAAGAAGCGUCUUGCGGCGGAAAAGGCCAAGAAGGAGAACCCUGCACCUGUCAAGGAGGAACCCAAGAAGGUCGAGGCAAAGGCAUCCGAAUCUGCCCCUACCCCUACCUCGCCUGCUGCUGCUCAGGACGACAACGACGAGGAUGAAGAUGACGAUGACGCUGCUGGGGGAUCAAAAUCCAAGAACAAGAAAAAGAAAAAGAAGGCCGCUGCACCCAAGGAGGAGGUCAAGCCCAAGAAGAAGGGACCCGCUGGUCUGGGUGCUCUCAAGGCAAUGCUCGAAAAGCAAAAGGCAGAGGAGGAAGAAUUGCGCCGCAUCGCCGAAGAGGAACAACGCAAGGAGGAGGAGAGGCUGCGCAAGAUCGAAGAGGAGGAGGCCGCCAAGGCCGCAUUAAAGGCUAAGAAGAAAGAGAAAGAGAAGGCGAAGCUCGAACAGAAGCGUAAAGAGGGUACACUCUUGACGAAGGCUCAGAAGGAGGCUCAGGCCAGGGCUGCCUUGCGCAAGCAGCAGCUACUAGAGUCUGGUGUCAUUGUCGAGGGCCUCGAGAAGAGCGCUAGCGAAGCCGCGGAAAAGAAGAAGAAGGUCGUCUAUGGCAGCAAGAAGAAGAAGGGACCGCAGCAAACUCAAACACCACCACCAUCUUCGCCCAAGAUUGCUUCCGCAUCUGUUGAGGUUGUCACACCGGCAUCUGCCGCAGCCUCCGAAAAGGACGAUGACGAGGAUGAGGCUGAUGACUGGGAGGCUGCUGCAGAACAGAUCGAUACCAAGGAGGACAAGGAUGGCGUCAAAGAGAGCUGGGACCAGGCAAGCGAGGAGGAAGGUGAUGUCAAGGAUAGCUGGGAUCAAAGCAGCGAUGAAGAAAAGGAAAAGAAACCCAAGGCUGCGGCCAAAGCAGCCCCCGCUCCCACCAAGACUACACCCGCAAAGGCCGCACCUGCCAAGGCUGCUCCGGCGAAGGCUGCCCCUGGCAAGAACGCGAAGAAUGCCCCCGCCUCCGCCAACAAGAAGGGUCCACCACCUAAGAAGCAGGCCCAGUCCGAAUCCUCUUCAGACUCCUCUUCCGAAUCGGACUCGGACUCGGACUCGGGCUCGGAUUCUGACGAUUCUUCCGACUACUCUGAUUCCGACGACUCCGAUUCGGAUGAGCAGGAGUCUUCGACCGCCAAGGCUGAGCGUAUCCGCAAGGAGCAGGCACGAGAGCGCAGGCAGGCCCGCAUUGCUGCCGCUAUGGCUGCCCGAUCCAAGGAUGAUUUGCGUUCGCCUAUUUGCUGUAUUUUGGGGCACGUCGACACAGGAAAGACCAAGCUGCUGGACAAGAUUCGUCAGACGAACGUUCAGGAGGGUGAAGCUGGAGGUAUUACUCAGCAAAUCGGAGCGACCUAUUUCCCUCUGGAGACCAUAAAGGCCAAAACUGCUGUUUUGAACAAGGACGGAACCAGGGAAUACAAGUUGCCGGGUUUGUUGGUCAUCGACACGCCCGGACACGAGUCCUUCACGAAUUUGCGUACGCGUGGUUCUUCGCUCUGUAACAUCGCUAUUUUGGUCGUCGAUAUCAUGCACGGUCUCGAGCCCCAGACCCUCGAGUCGCUUAAGUUGCUCCGCGACAAGAAGACGCCCUUCAUCGUCGCCUUGAACAAGGUCGAUCGUCUCUUUGGGUGGAAGGCCAUCCCCGAUAACUCGUUCGUCGAUUCCUUGUCGAAGCAGUCUGUCGCUGUCCAGCGCGAGUUCGAGACCCGUAAGGACGCCGUCAUUACUGCCUUCCAGGAGAACGGAUUGAACGCGACGUUGUACUACGACAACAAGAAUCUGGGAAAAUACGUUUCGCUAGUCCCAACCUCUGCUCACACUGGAGAGGGUAUCCCUGAUAUGAUCAUGCUGUUGGUCGAGUUGACCCAGACCCGUAUGAGUGAACGUCUGAUGUACAUUUCCGAGCUCGAGUGUACAGUUUUGGAAGUCAAGGUCAUUGAGGGUCUCGGAACUACGAUCGAUGUCGUCCUCUCGAACGGUGUUCUCAAGGAAGGUGACCGCAUUGUUGUCUGCGGUCUCAAUGGAGCCAUUGCAACGAACAUUCGUGCAUUGCUGACGCCCCAACCCUUGAGAGAACUGCGUGUCAAGUCUGCAUAUGUCCAUCACAAGGAGGUCAAGGCCUCCCUCGGUAUCAAGAUUUCUGCACCAGACCUGGAAAAGGCCAUUGCAGGCUCGCGUCUGCUCGUCGUCGGACCUGAUGAUGACGAGGACGAGCUGAAGGAUGAGGUUAUGAGCGAUCUCAAGACGCUGUUGACAUCGAUCGACAAGUCUGGAAACGGUGUUUGCGUGCAGGCCUCGACCCUAGGUUCCCUUGAGGCCUUGCUCGAGUUCUUGCGCGUGUCCAAGAUUCCGGUCUCGGGCAUCAACAUCGGACCUGUCCACAAGAAGGACAUCAUGCGUGCCAGUACAAUGUUGGAAAAGUCCAAGGAAUUGGCGUGUCUGCUGUGUUUCGAUGUCAAAGUCGAUAAGGAGGCGGAGCAGAUGGCAGAGGAGAUGGGCAUUAGGAUCUUCAAGGCCGAUAUUAUUUACCACUUGUUCGAUCAGUUCACGGCCUAUCACAAGCAGUUGACAGAGGAGCGUCGCAAGGACCAGGCACCCUCAGCCGUUUUCCCCUGUAUCCUCAAGAUGGUCACUGGCGCUAUUUUCAACAAGAAGGACCCUAUCAUUAUUGGUGUCGAUGUCGUUGAGGGUGUGAUGAAGCAGGGAACACCUCUCUGUGUCAUCAACGUCGAUCCUGAGACCAAGGCCAAGGAGAUUGUGUAUCUUGGAAAGAUCACGUCGAUGGAGCAGAACCAUAAGCAGGUCGAUACCGUCAGGAAGGGUAAUUCUGGAGGAGGAAUUGCCAUCAAGAUCGAAUGCGCUGUCUAUGAAAACGCAAAGACCUUCGGAAGGCAUUUCAACGAACAGUCUGAGUUUUACUCGAUGAUCUCGCGCGAGUCGAUCAACAUCUUGAAAGAGUCCUUCCGCAACGACUUGAGUAAGGAGGAGUGGGCCCUCGUUGUGAAGCUCAAGGCAAAGCUGGACAUUGUGUAA